GGCAGAGUGAGAGCAUGGCUUCUCAGCUGAUCUGUCGCGAAACCCAAAGCAGGGUGAGUUCAGUGCUAAACAGAGACGUAAAGCAGUUUGGGAAAAAGUUCAUGUUCGACUGUAAUGAAGAAACCUGCUGGAACUCUGACCAGGGGGACUGUCAGUGGGUGCUGCUGGAGUUUCCCCAGUCGGUAAAAGUCUCGGAGGUGAAACUCCAGUUCCAGGGUGGCUUCUCGGCUAAAACAUGCAGAUUAGAAGGUUGCUGCAAAGACGGAGACUUCACAGGGUUGAGCCAGUUUUACCCAGAGGACAAUAACUCUCUUCAGAGCUUUCCCAUACAGGAGGCCCCCACCGUCGACAAAGUAAAAAUACUGUUUGAGAACAGCACUGACUUUUUUGGGAGAAUUGUUGUUUAUUCCUUGGACAUUUUGGGGCAAAAAACCUCAUGAGCAUUUUUUUUCAUGCUCUCAUGAGAGAGGAAAUAACCCACGGCCAAAGUACAGGGUGGUGUGGUGACACUUGGAAAACAUGUCAUCUGUAGUGCCACCUUGUGAACUGAUGCAAACGUGGCCUUUUUUGGUAUUGCUGCGUUCAGACGUCUGUGUGGAAGUUUCACUUCACGUCAGUAAAACAGGAAAAUGCAGACAUUGGUCACUUUGAUAGCCAUUUCGAUGUGAAAA